CACUUCAAUCCGUUCGUCGCCCUGUCGUGAUAACGCGAGUAACAAUGGCACACGUUCCGGUAGCAGUUCUCGUCUUCAGUGGAAAGAGAAAAUCUGGCAAGGACUAUGUUACUGAGAAGUUACUACAACGGAUUGGAAACGAGAAAUGUUGUAUCAUGCGUUUGUCAGCACCCCUCAAGGGGCAAUAUGCAAAGGAACACCAGCUAGACAUCACACGUCUCCUAGAUGCAUCUGAAUACAAGGAGCGGUAUCGACCAGACAUGAUCCGGUGGGGGGAAGAGAAGCGGAAUGCAGACCCCGGGUAUUUCUGCCGUAUUGUGACAUCCGGAGAAGGAAACGACAAGAAAGUUUGGAUCAUCAGUGAUGCCAGAAGAUUAACUGAUAUUGCAUACUUCCAACAAAACUAUCCCAGCAUCACACGAACUGUCAGAGUAGAAGCUGAUGAAGAUGUCCGCAAAGCCAGGGGAUUUGUCUUUCAGUCAGGUGUAGAUGAUGCGGAAUCAGAGUGUGGACUAGACGGUGUCUUGGACUGGGACUACAUCUUCAAGAAUAAUGGCAAUAUCAACCUGUUUGAAACAGGUCUAGAUACAAUUGUUGACGAUGUACAGAAGAAGUUGGAUGUGGCCAAUAGUUAACACACCUCAUUUUAGGCAUAUACAUUAAGACUACAUUUUACACUACUUAGCUUCAUCAUCGAAGGAAAUCUGAACAGGUGCAUGAAUCAAAAUGGAUGGAAUGCCACUUAUUGACAGAAAGUAAUAUAUGAAGAAUAUAUAAAUGUUGCCAGUAUGACUGUUGUAUGAUAAACUGCUGAUUUUAUCUUCAAA